ACACAUUGGGCCAAUGACUGCACUUGCUGAUAAUGCAGACUGAGUCUGCAGCUGUGACGUCGCCUUUAGCUGCAAGACUUUCACUUUCAUUUAUAAGGAAGUAGAGGCUGCGUUUAAAGCAUAAAGUCACGGGAAGGAAGAAGACUGUCAAAAUGUCAAGCAAUGACGUAGAGGACAUGGACUUUAGUGAGGAGGGGGAGGCAAACCAGCAACCCGCAGCAUCUCCUGAGAGGGGUGCUGAGUCUCAACAGGGGAGACACCCAGCAACCUUCAACACCUCCUGAUACGUCUGGUGAGAAUGAAGAUGAAGCUCGAGUCAUUCUCUCUGUCAAGUGGUCAGAGUGUUGUAAGUCGCAGAAAUACAGGAUGAUACUACAGCGAGUUCUUCAGACUUGGGGCAACAACGAGGAAAUAUCUGUAGACUGCACAGUUGAAAAUGCCUCAGAAGAUGGGAGAGCUGUAUUAAAGAUAAAACCUGCCUCAGCUUUGAAUAAGCUUCAGAAACUGGUUGGACAAACACUGUUCAACAAAGAAGGGACACCAACAGUCACAGUAAAGUCUGUUAGUCUGGGAACACAAGAGCUGGAGACACAAAUACCAGAUGUUGCUUCAGUGAAACCCCCCUCUUCAUCUGUGUCAAAGCCUAAAGAUGUGCAAGUACAAAUGGAGAAACAAAGCAGUUCAACAGCAGUUUCUGCAGCUGAAGAGGCUACAUGCCUUUAUCCUGUGUCUCUGCCAAUUGGCUGUUACUGGUAUGUGAGCCAUAUCUACAGGGAAGAAAUUAAACGUAUAGAGAGAGAGAAUGGAGUUACAAUUGAAGCCGAAGUGAUGGUCAGACCUGUACCACGCCAGAAAGAUGGAGACCCACUCAAAGCUCUCACUGAAUUCAUAAGCCUCGUCCAGAAUUCCCUACCUGAAACCAAUGGCUCAGUUAUUCCUCUCAAGUUCACAGAUCAAGAACAGUGGAGGGACGCACUUAAAAUCAUCCAGAGACCUGAGAGCAAGCUUCUGCUUACACUGUCCUCUGACGAAUUGACUGUAUGUGGGCCAAGCCGAAGUCAAGAUGCCAUCAGUAAGUCCUUAAAUACAGCCUCAACAAACACCCACACUUUUUUUGAAGACACUGAAUGGACAACCCUCCACACACCACUGACCAUUGGCAUGAUCGUCAAAGACCCUCUUGUCGAUACCGGGCUAACCAUGGAGGAGAGCUGCUGGAAGCUGAUGACUACCUCCUUCAAAGAGCAGGUAGCUAAGAUCAAAACAAAGUUUGGUGUGGAUUUUAAAGAGUCAGGCAUCAGUCAAGGUAAAGUGGAUGUCAAAGCUUGCUACAGAAGACCUGGAGGAAACAAGUCAAUGGAGAGCCACGCUGUCAGAGCUCUUCUUCGUCUGUGCCAGACCAUAACAACAUCACCCCUGAGGUUCACCCAGUACAAUGGUGCCAGUGGGUUCAGCAGCUCAUUGAACAACUUGAGCGAAGAUCAUCAGUCAGAAGGAGCCUCCAGCAGACCUGUGUUGAAUGGACAGUCAGGAUACAGCGCGCACAACACUGAUGCAGCCACAGCAGGGGCAGUAGCAGAAGGAGACAAUAAAGACCAAACCUGCCCCAUAUGCUUGGAUGCAUUCACCAACAAGAAAACGCUGAGGUGUAAGCAUGAGUUUUGUGAGGAAUGCCUGGAACAAGCAAAGAAAGGCAGUGGACCCAUCUGUCCUGUGUGCAAAGAUGUCUUUGGUGUGAUAGAGGGAGACCAGCCAGAUGGAAAAAUAUCAUGGACAACAUAUUCCUCACCCCUACCUGGAUUCCCAGACUGUGGCACUAUAGUCAUAGACUAUCAUAUUCCAAGUGGGACACAGACGGAAAAACAUCCCAAACCUGGACAGUAUUACACGGGUGUUAACAGAAGAGCAUAUCUGCCAAACAACACUGAGGGCAGAGAAGUACUGAGCCUGUUGAAGAGAGCAUUUGACCAGAAGCUGAUUUUCACUGUUGGCACGUCCAGAAUGACUGGGAUAGAGAACCAUGUGACCUGGAACGACAUUCACCACAAAACCUCCACUUCAGGAGGACCAGAAUGUUUUGGGUAUCCUGACCCUGGCUACCUGAGCAGAGUGAAAGAGGAGCUGAAGGCUAAAGGCAUCAUCCAUAUCCCGACAUUGACUGGACAGUCAGGAUACAGCACAAACAACAGUGAAGCAGCCACAGCAGGGGCAGCAGCAGUAGGCAGUAACAAAGACCAAACCUGCCCCAUAUGCUUGGAUGCAUUCACCAAUAAGAAAAAGCUCAGGUGUAAGCAUGAGUUUUGUGAGGAAUGCCUGGAACAAGCAAAGAAAGGCAGUGGACCCAUCUGUCCUGUGUGCAAAGAUGUCUUUGGUGUGAUAGAGGGAGACCAGCCAGAUGGAAAAAUAUCUUGGACAACAUAUUCCUCACCCCUACCUGGAUUCCCAGACUGUGGCACUAUAGUCAUAGACUAUCAUAUUCCAAGUGGGACACAGACAGAAAAACAUCCCAAUCCUGGACAGUAUUACGCCGGUGUUAACAGAAGAGCAUAUCUGCCAAACAACACUGAGGGUAAUGAAGUGCUGAAGCUGUUAAAGAAAGCAUUUGACCGGAAGUUGAUUUUCACUGUUGGCACGUACAGAACGACUGGGAUAGAAAAUCAGGUGACCUGGAACGACAUUCACCACAAAACGUCCACUUCAGGAGGACCAGAAUGUUUUGGUUAUCCUGACCCUGGCUACCUGAGCAGAGUGAAAGAGGAGCUGAAGGCUAAAGGCAUAAAGUGAAGACUUUGAUACCAAGUGACUUUAGAGGGUUGUAGUUGCAAGUCUAAUUUUACACAUUGGUAGAAUUUCAAAAAUUAAGAUGAUUACUUAAAACAAGCAGUUACUGGAAUACACAUAUUGUAUGUUCCUUCUUCUAAUAGCUGCUUUGAGGUGCACCAAACAGGAUUUGCAGCUUAAGUUUAUUGUUUAACAACAUGCAUUAUCUUUACCUGUAAGGAAUUAUUUCCUUUGAUGGAGGAAGCAUGAAGGAUAAAAUCUUGAAAAUUUAUUAUGAGACUGAUAUUUCACAGUUCCCUGUCCCCUGAAAAACCCCCUGAGUCCUGCAGUAGCAGAGAAAUAUAUUAUUUCAUUUCACAAAGAUUUCAUGUGAUUAUACUGUUAAAACAGGUCAUAUGAACAACUUACUUGACUUCAUGCAUGUAGAAGGGUGGGAAAUAACACCCUGGCUAGUUUUGCAAGUAAUCAUUUUCCACAAAUAGUUAACAGUGACUGAACAACACAAGACAUUUCUGUUUGACAAACUUCAUUACAUUGUUAAUAGACCAUGACAUAUAUACAUUAUUAUCUACCGUAUUUUGAAUCGGUAUCAUACACAUAAUCAAGACAAACAAAAAUAUGGCAAUAAUUGUAUGAGGAGUAAAACCUUAUCUAAGGAAGAGAACCAUGUUAUUCUAAAACAUGAUCACAGUGCAGCUCUCACUGAAGCUGAAGUACAUUAACAUUUUACUUUGUAAUAUCAGUAAUUCCAUCUUCAGUCCUGUUGCAUGCGUAGAAGAGUCUAUUCCAUCAUAUGUCACUGGUCUGAUGUAACUAAUGUGUACAAUGAGAUGAUACAUGGGGACAGUGGCUACAAUACUUACUGUAUGUUUACUCUGAUUACUUUUCAUGUUUAUUACAUGUAUGUUGUGAUUUGGCGCUAUGCUAAUAAAACUGCAUUGAAUUAAAUUGUUCUUUUAGGUGGUGUUUUACCAGAGAUAAUUGUUUGAUAUAUCACAAAUACUUUCCAUCUGCAUACUGACAGUUACUGUAAGUGUUUAUGUCACAUUACAUGCUGUGCAUAGGGAUCUUAUCUCCUCACAACAUGCUUCAUGUUUACAGAAAGAAUAAAAUUCUUAUCACUUCAGUGACUAUUGAGGAUCUGCGGGGUGUUUUAUUUUGAAAAAUGACCGGAAUCUCUGCCCAUCACAUCCGUCUGUGCCUCCUGAUAUCGCUUGACACACACCUGUGUCUGUCAUAUUUGUGACGCCUGGUUAAUUAAACCCGCAAGCUAAUUAGCUAAACUGAGUAAGAAACAAAUGUCUGUGGAGAGCGUCUUUGAAAAGGGGAAAAGGCCCAAUGAUGAGACAGCAGAAAAGUCUAAGACUCAAGAAAAGCAAAGCUGCAUGUAGUGGGAAAUACCAGGAGUCCAACUUAAAGUAAGACCUUAUCGCGACAGGUGAUUUACAUGCACAGGCCUCCUCUACACAUUUCUGGCUUCAAAUGAGGCAAUGGACCCUUCAAAACUGCGUCGACACACAGAGACAAAGCACCCUGCAUUAAAAGAUAAGCCUGAACCGAAGUUCGUUGAAGAAAAAAACGUUGAGAAGAAGGACAGAAAGAAGUCUUCACGGCCACCACAGCAACAGGUGUAGCUGCACUGAGAACACCGUACGUCGUUGCUAAGGCUAAGAAGUCUCUCACUGUUGGUGAAGAGCUGAUGCUGCCUGCUGCUGCGUUAUGGUGAGUUGUAUUUAUUAUGCACUUUAGCUGUGUUUGUUUUUAUGCCGAAUUAAUAUACCGGCGAUUUACCCGAGAUACCCGAGACAUUGGCAGGUAGGUUGUUGGAAAAGUUGUGUCAGUGCCUGCCUCUUCCUGUAAUCCCAGGCUGACUCCGUGAUGCUGAGAUCAGAGCUCUGUAUAGAUCAUGUUGUCUCUUAAGAGUUUUUUAUGACUCUGACUGUGUGUCUGGCUGCGUGUUGUCAUGCUGCAGAAUGAAUUUAAGAUGAGUCAGACACCUCCCUGAUGGUAUUAUGUGAUGCAUAAGAAUCAAAAACAUAUAAUUUGCCUAAAACUUUUGCACAGUACUGUAUAUAUUUUAAGGAGACUUCCACAGAGAGAAACUUAAUCUGUGAUCCCCAGCUGACAUAGCAGACUAAUGUCACUGAAAAAAUGUCCUGGAAAAUUAUUUCUGAAAAACAGUGGGGCUUACAUAAAUUUAAGUUUACGUCUCGCUGAUAAAGCAGAAAGAAAAAAAAAAUACAACAAGUUAUGAACAAAACACAAAACACGCUAGUUUGUUUUCUGUACAAUUUUUAAAAUUUUAUUUAUAACAAUAUCUGUUAUUUAGUUUGUAAAGUACUCCAGCAAAAAUUAAACAUUAUUCUCUUUCCAGAAGAAAGUCUGAGCCUCCAUGCAUUGUGUACUAUAAAAGCUAUGUGUCAUUUUUCAUUAAAAAAAGGACUAAUCAAAAAAAAAAAAAAAAAAUCUGAAAA